CUCCUCCGGUCACAAGGGCCGACGAAGCAACGGCUGUGGCCAUGGAGGAGCCGGCGGGGAGUUAGGAGCCGCAGGCGCUGCCCGGGGGCUGCUCGCGGCGACGGCUUGUUUACUUCUUCCCUCCUCGUCGUCUCUCCCCCGCCCCCCACAUGGCCUUCAUGAUGAUGAAGAAGAAGAAGUUCAAAUUCCGCGUGGAGCUGGAGCUGGACGAGCUCUCCUCGGUGCCCUUCGUGAACGGGAUCCUCUUCUGCAAGGUGCGGCUGCUGGACGGCGGCAGCUUCAUCGGAGAGUCCUCCAGGGAAGUGGUACAGGCAAACUCUGUUCAUUGGAAGAAGAGGUUCUUAUUUAUGUGUAAAAUGAGCGCAAGUGCCACAACUGGGAUUUUAGAUCCCUGUAUCUGCAGGGUGUCUGUACGGAAGGAAUUAAAGGGAGGGAAGGCCUAUGCAAAGCUGGGCUUUGCAGACCUCAACCUGGCAGAGUUUGCUGGAUCAGGAAAUACCACUCGUCGUUGUUUACUGGAAGGUUAUGAUACAAAAAACACAAGGCAGGACAAUUCAAUUCUCAAAAUCUUGAUCAGCAUGCAGCUAAUGUCUGGAGACCCAUGCUUUAAAACGCCUCCAUCCACAGCAAUGUCAAUAUCAGUUGCUGGUGAACAAGAAUCCCUACAUGAAGAUAGGAAAGGUGUAGAGAACACAAGAAUAUCACUUCUAGCUGUAUCAGAUUCCACAACCAAGAGCACCCCUGUCUCGGAAGAGCUUGGAGCCUGUGGUCAUUCUAGGACUUCUAGCUAUGCAAGCCAGCAGUCAAAAGUGUCAGGUUAUAGCACCUGUCACUCCAGAUCAUCAAGUAUCUCUGAUCUCUGCCAUAAGAGAAAUACCUCUGUGGGAAGUACAUCAACUGGUAUAGGUAGUAUUUUAGAGCCUUGUGAAGAGACUGAAUCCAAAAGAAGUGAUGAUAAUUUGGAACUGCCCGUGAAAGAUGCAGCCCCAGAAAAAAUGAACAGGUGUCCAGUGAAACAGGACUCUGUGGAAUCACAGCUAAAGAGGGUUGAUGCCACUAGAGUUGAUGCAGAUGAUAUUGUUGAGAAGAUAUUGCAGAGUCAGGACUUCAGUUUGGACUCAAGUGCAGAAGAAGAAGGGCUCAGACUUUUUGUUGGUCCUGGAGGGAGUACUGCUUUUGGAAGUCAUCACUUACCUAACAGGGUAGGAUCUGGAGCAUAUGAACAAGUAGUGAUUAAACGCUAGAAGAACUGAACUAGCAGGAUGCUUGGAAUUUCAGCACUGGCUUACUUCCAGUUUUGUCAAAGAUGGGUUCUUCCAAAAGACGAACUCAGAUUGGCCUCGGUUGUCAGUGUGGCUUCCUCAUACUGAAAACGCCCUCUUUUGUAUCUGCCUGUGGUAUAAGGGCAUUUUUUUUUCUUUUAGCACUUUGCCUAAAAGACAUUGUGAAUGUGUUGAUGUACUUGUUACAUUGUUCUAUGUGUACAUCAAACCACCUUUUUUGGAGAUAGGACUAAUGGUAUUCAAUUGAACAUAGUCUGGUGAGAUUGUCAGCACAUGAAAUGCUUUCAGUAAAGUUAUCUAUUUGUAACUUUUUAAAAAAUGCUUUUUAGAAGCAUUAUCUUCAAUCCUUUAUUUAGCCUUGGCCAAUUGCUCCUGUCAACCAGACUACAAAAUGGCAAAUGCUGCUAUAAGCUGUGUGAUCCCAACAACUGUGUUUCAUGAAAUUACGAUUCAGCACUACUACGUGUGUGUGUGUGUAACUUCAGGUCUGAGUUGUGUGAGAGACUAGUUUGUCUCUUAAGAAUGAGUGAGUAGCUUUGAUAAAACGUAUUAGGAUAUGUAUUUAUUGAAUUACUGUUACAUGACCACACUCAGUGCUAGCAAGAUUUGUGCUCUUAAUUAUCUUCAGGUACAAAAAGGUUGCACUGACUUAUAUGUGGCCCAUAUCCAAAACCGUAUGACUGCAUGAGUUCAUACGGUCAAGGUUCUCUUGUUCAGCGAGAACCUUGACUACAUGGAAAGAUCUGAUAUGAAGAACCUGGAGCAAAGAAUCAUCUGUUUUUUUUAGUUCAUAGAAUCUCAAAUUGAACUUAUUUAACCUUUGAAAGGGUACCUUGUUCUUGAGGAAGAAGUGUUCUGGACUUAUGAAGCUUGAAGAACCAGUAAACAGCUAACUGAAUUGCUGUCAGUUUAAGCUAUGGAAAGAAGCACUUUACUAGUUGUCUUUACCCCAUUCAGAAAUCAUACUCUUUAACUGCUAUUACUGAAUCAGGCCCAAGCAAAUCACCUGUGUUUCCUGGAGUUCAUGUCACUUUUUAAAAGUGCUUGCCCCUUUUGCCAAAUGAGCACUUGCUAAAGCCAUAAAUAAUGUAGGUGUAUAGGCCAGUUCACUAAGCACUCCUGAACAGAGCAGUGGGAAACAUGUACUCUGCCACUGCAAUCCCAUCAGCCCUAAUCUGCACAGCCAAUAGAUGAGAUUCUGGAAAUGGCAGCCCAGCAUCUGGAAGACUGCACACUCCUUCAUCACUGCUUGAAAUGCAGUGCUGGCUGUAUGGUGCUUAGAGAAUGAGUGCUUUGCUCAUAGCUGUAUCUCCUUUCAUUCACACCUCAUUCUGAUGUAUUAUUUAACGGAGUCUUAGUAUUUACUGAUUUCAAUAGAACUUAUGCAGCUAAAAGUUCCUGAGGGAAUGUGCACAAAUGCAAAAGUGCAGUGUGCCUAUGCAACAAUUUCAACAAAGCAUUUUCUGACAGCUUAAAUAGCCUAAUUUAUUUUUGUAAAAUGAUUUUAGAAUUUCAGGAUGGAAAAAACCUCCCAACAAUUCAGAAAUGUAGUAAUAAAUAGGUUGUAGCUGGCCUCAGAUGGCACAAAAGUCAGUUACUAGACCUGACUUAAACAACUUUGAAUAAUUACAUCUAUUUUUCCUGGGUUGGUGCAGAACACUUUCUGUUCUCACCACUUCCCUGGAAAAAGUUCAUGUCCUUUUUGAAGAAAUAAAAUGGAAGACUUAAGACUUUAGUUAAAUGAAGGAUGUUUUAUGUUUGAAAAAUUUUAUAAAUGUAACUUAUUUUGUUUAAAUCAUAUGCACAAACUGUUGAAAUGAAAACCAUUUUUUCUUUAUUAUGGUACCCAGAGAUAUCUCUGUUACUGCUUUAUAAAGCAUUUUAUUAAGUUUGAACUUGUUCUAGUUGAAUUUAAGGAAAUAAUUUUUAUUUUUAAAAGCUGCUGUUAAUAAUGGAAAAAGAAUGUACACAACUUAUUUUGAAGUAUAUCUUGAUAAAAUUGAGUAUUGCGAGUUAAAGUUACUAAAAUAGUGUUUGAAUUCAUUGAGGAAAUGUUUGAUUCUGAAAAAUGUCAGUGCUAGAAGAUGGUUGAUCUGGAGAGGCAACAUGUUGGCAUGAAGGGAAAGAAUGCAAGGGAUAAAAUAACUGUCUUAAGGCUGCUUGCUUGAUAUAAGGAACUAUCAUGUUCAUUUAACUGUUCUAUAAUCUACUGUGCAUUCAGAUGCAUGUUGAUUAGUCCCUAUGGAAAUUCCCACUUUCCCUGAUUCUAAAGCUUACAGGAAGGUAAUUUGUCUCUUGCACCCAUCACAUAUGUGGUGGUCUUUUUUUAAAAAAAACUGUAUGUUAGUACCAUAGGAUGUCUGAACAGAUAUCAUGCAGUUAACGUCAACUGAACCAUUUUCAUGAUGUGAUCCCAACUGUGUCCCCAAGACAUGGGAAAUGACCUUCAUGUUUAUAUAUGGCAUUAAUUUUGUGUAAACUGUACAGCAAAAUCUCAAUAUAACACUUUUUAGUAAAUCUGAUUUUUUUUACCAUAAAAUACUUGAUGUAAAAGUGGUCUUAAAUUGAAUAAAAGUUUGUCUUCAA